AUGGGCAAGGACGAGUCGACCAGCGAGCACUCAAGUAAGCACGAAAGGCACAGGGAAAAGGAUGUGAAGCACAAGGACAAUGACCGCGACCGGAAACACAAGAAGCGCCGAAAACACGACGAGGAGGAUGACCAUCGGAAACACAAGCACCGGAAGAAGGAGAGGGAGAGGGAUAGAGACCAUGAAAAUAAGAUGGAGAUUGUCGAUGACGAUGCAAGAAAUGACGGCUGGAUAGAGAAAGACAUUGCAAUGGACGGGGAACGGAUCCUUGCAACAGAUAUACCGACAGCUGAGAGUCUCAAAAUCACUUCAUCAGCAGAAGACAUCAACUCUGCCCGUCUCCCCCCUUCGACGAACACUGAAUCAAUCUUGAAGCGCGACGAAUGGAUGCUCCUUGAGCCGUCUACGCCUGUAUUGCCGUCAGACUCACGACCUCAGGGUUCCCGAGACAUCCCUACAAACGACGAAGACUCCUACAUGGAUGGCUACGGAGAACCAUCAACAGGUUCACGCACCCUUACUGGUGGUGUUGACUUCUUCUCAAGCCUGGGCACGGAACGAAAGAAACCACCUCGGCCAGACAAGCCAGAUCCUGACAAGCUAAGGAUUAGCUCAAGAGAGCUCAACCAGGAUCUCAAAGAUGGCAAACCCAUGAAUUUGGACGAACCCGAUCCUCCUGCCCCUCCGCCAUCGCUCACCCCAGGUGGACCCGGUUCACAGUGGAGGAUGAUGCGCCUUCGCAGGGUAUACGAAACCGCAGAAGAAGAAGGCCUCCCCAUAGAGCAAGUCGGCAUUGACCGGUUUGGAUCCCUCCAAGCCUUCGAGGAGGCUAAAGAAGAGCGACGGAUUCUCGACGAGAGGGAAGGCAAGCGCUCUUCUGGCGGCUCUGGUUCAGGCAAGGACGGAGGCAGAGACCGUGGUCGUCCGUCUGACCGGCCGACGCAUUUCAGCAAAGACGGUGAAAAGAAGUUUAUGUUCAAUGACAUUGGCGGGAGUGGUGCCUCGAGCCGGAGCUCGUCGUUCCGUCGCCCUGGAGGCAUGCCCGAGAGCGGACCGUCGACACCGUCUCCAGUGGAGGCGCGUCUUCUUGCGAACCGCCGCCUCGACUCUCUACGGUUGCCGUCUCAAGUCGGAUCACCGCUGGCUCAAUCACGGACACCUAUCCCUUCAGUCAUGACCCCUCCGCCUAUGGCUUCAGGCUCGAAAGGAAGAGCGCUAUCUCCUUCGUCUCUGAAUAAGUUACAGGCGAAGGUCAUACGCGCGAAGCUCAUGAAUGCCCCUGACGCGGAGAAGCUGGAGCAAGAAUACGAAGCGGCAGCUCGGAUUGCUCAUGGCGUUGAGGAAGGUGGUGUACGCAAGAAAGUCGAAGUAUUGCCUACGCUGGAUGGCAGAGGAAAGCUGUACGAUGUCGGAUUUGGGAAAGAAGACGAUAAGGUUCCGCAAGGAAAUAGGAAGAAAAAGGAACAUUACGAAACACACGACCGCAAGACUGGCGAAGUUCUACGAAUCAACCCAGACGACGAUACAAUGACACUGGGGGAGAUACUGCGGCAAGAGCGGAUGGGUGCCGGCAUGGCAGACCAGAAGGACCUAGAUGCCCAAUACGCCCGCGCGAUCAUGGGAGAUGGCAAAUUUGAGAAUGAUCUCGAUUAUAUCGACGACAAUGCAGAAAAGCUCGGACGUCAGAAGAUGCGCUCAGAUGCUAUGAAGCGUCAAUUUGCGAUUAAUGACUACAAGCGUACCCAAAAGGCAUUGGCAUCAUGUAGCUUCUGCUAUGGAGAGGAUGACUCUCUGCCGAAGGCUCCAAUUAUUGCAAUGGGCACACGGGUAUAUCUCGCAUGUACCCUGACGGAUGAAUUGGUUAAAGGACACUGUCUUAUUGUCCCUAUUCAACACCAUCUGAACAUGCUCGAAGGCGAUGACGAUGUUUGGGAUGAAGCACGGAAUUUCAUGAAAUGUCUUAUGCGCAUGUUCGCUGAAGAGGACAAGGGUGUCGUUUUCUUUGAAACAGUCAUCUCUCUGAAGAAACAGAAGCAUACUUGCAUUGAGUGCGUACCCGUGCCUUGGGAACAGUUCGACCUCUUGCCUGGCUACUUCAAGGAGUCGAUAUUAACCUCAGAAGCUGAAUGGUCCCAACAUAAGAAGCUCAUUGACUUUUCUUCCAGACCUGGGGGUUUUAGAAGAGCAAUGGUCCCGAAUCUACCUUACUUCAUGGUGCAGUUUGACUACAAAGGGGAGAAAGGGUAUGGCCAUGUCGUUGAAGGGGCGGCAGAUGCUCAAGAUGAAGACGGGCUGGAAGAGGGGGAGAAAGGCGGCGGAGAGUUCCCUUGGUAUUUUGCGGGAGAGAUCAUCGGGAAUAUCCUUGACCUUGAGGCCCGACGGUGGCGGCGACCGAAGCGCAUAGACGCUCGAGCCAAUGCUGAGCGGGUGAAAGAGUUUAAGACAAAAUAUGCGCGGUUUGACUGGACGGGGAUGUUGUAG